UGUGUGUGUGUGUGCUGGCAGGGGGUUACAGAUCCACCUGUUGCUGCUGUAGGGGCAAACACAGGUGGGUGCCAGGUAAACUUCGCGGUAUUUACAGAGCGGCAUUGAUUUACGCGCUGACGACCGUCCUGUUCAAUUUACUGAAAAAAUCCCACAAGCUGCAGAAUAUCCUGGAAACUGGGGGGGGGGGGGGGGGGUAUAGGUCUGCCGUUUUGAGCAAACAGUGAAACCAAUGGCUUUGGCGCUGCGGAGUCACAUGGUGACAGAGUGACACACCUGCGUGGAGCAGCGAGGGCCCUCACAGUUGCGCCAGAGACAGGUAGAGCAGAAGGUCCACGCCGAGGCAGGACGCACACUAUACGGUACAUGUGCGGGUCCUCGGGAAGCCAUGAAUCGGGAAGAUCAUUAUUACCCGUCUCAGGUUUUUAAAGACUCCUGUGCCUUCCAGAGAUCACAGGUGGAGGACUACAGCCACAGCCCGCCGCCCUGCCUCUACAUGAGCAGGCAGGUGCACUCUGUCUACACACCGCCGUCCAUGGGAGCCUUGGAGCAGGCCAGCCUUCCUGACAUACCCUCUUACAGUUUACCCAUGCGGGAGGAUCCAGGUGUGCCUCAGCUCCACCAUCCUCAGGGGCUCCAGCAGCAGCCUCUCCCGCCCGCUGCAGGCUAUGGAGACACGGGGGGACAGAGCAGAUAUAACCUCCCUUUCCCCUGGAUGAAAACCACUAAAUCUCACUCACACACCUGGAAGGGACAGUGGGCAGGACCGUACGUGAUGGCGGAGACCGAGGAAAACAAGCGCACGAGGACGGCCUACACGCGCGCCCAGCUGCUGGAGCUCGAGAAGGAGUUCCUGUUCAACCGGUACAUCUCGAGACCGCGCCGCGUGGAGCUGGCGCUGACCCUGAGCCUCACCGAGAGACACAUCAAGAUCUGGUUCCAGAACCGGCGCAUGAAGUGGAAGAAGGAGGAGGACCGGAGGAGGGCGAGGGGGGCCGACCCGGACCAAGACUCCUCCAUCACCUCUGGAGACCAGGGGGAGGCCGCGGGAGGGGUCUCCUCCACCAACGGACCUCACACCACCUCCCCCCCUGUGUCCCCGCUGCACGGUCACUCCCUCUCCGCUCCUGGGUCCAGAGAGCCAGCGUAGACCCGCAGGAGGGGUCUCUAAAGACUGGAACUUAAACUCUUUAAAAUCCAAGUUUUUAUAAAUCAGCCCCACCCGAGAGGAUUUCUAUUUUUAGGAAGCAUAAGAUUCAGAAUUAGGGCGAUAAUGGAUAGUUAAGGGUGUGAGAUGGCAUUUAACACAUGGUGCUAAUUUUCCAGGGACCCCCCUCAACUCUCUCUCAAGGACAACCUUAGACCUCCUUAUUGGAUACCACUGCCUGUCAUUUACUGGACUGAACGGACACUUCUGCAUCCCACCAAGCGUUGAGGUGUUUUGGGCGCCAGAUGGCAUCCUGAGACAACCAAAUCAUGCAAGGGACCCCCCCCCCAUUAUUAGAGACAGCAACGUGGAUUCAGGUGUUGCAGGGUCUGAUCACGUUUUACAGUGCAUUAUUUUUCACCUCAGACCUGUGAGUAGCACACAGCCAAGUUUAUAAAUGUAUAUAUGUGUAGUAUGACUGUAUUGUCCGGAUGUCCACGUGUACAUAUAUCAUGUAAAGUCUUAAAUUAGAAUCAAUGAUACACAUAUUUUAUUGUUUGAAGAAUUCAUUGUACAGUAUGAUGGAUGAAUAACUAAAUUUGGAAUAAAUCAGAUAUCAAAGCCUAAA